AUUAUAAUUUUUAUUUUUAGUCCCUGUUUGUUUGUUUGUUUGUUUUAGCGAUGUAUUUUUAGUUAAGUGUUAGGUCCCUCCAAAACUCUUCGUCCAACUCAAGAGCCACUAACACAGCCACAAACUGAACUCAGAAUCCGAAGGUACAAAGGAAGUGCAGAACCAGAGCUAACCCAUUUCUUUGCGUCUUUUAAGGCAAGCUCUGUUCUUUCUCUUGAUAAAAAUCUCACCUUUUUUGUUUUCAUUUUGUUGAAAUGGAUUGCUGGUCUCCUUCUGUUGCGAUGGAUGAUGAGUUUGAGAAGCUCGUGAUUCGGAUGAAUCCUCCCAGGGUUACUGUUGAUAAUGUCUCGAGCAGGAAAGCCACUUUGAUUAAGGUUGAUAGUGCAAAUAAGAGAGGCAGUUUGUUGGAGGUGGUUCAGGUUUUGACUGAUUUGGAUCUUAUAAUUCGUCGAGCUUACAUUUCUUCUGACGGGGAAUGGUUUAUGGAUGUCUUUCAUGUCACAGACCAACAGGGGAAUAAACUAUCUGAAGAUGAUGUAGCUGAACGAAUCCAACAGUCACUGGGGCCAAGAGCAUGCAGCUUCCGGUCCUUGAGACGGUCUAUAGGUGUCCAGGCUGCCACAGAAAAUACAACCAUUGAAUUGACUGGAAGAGACCGCCCGGGCUUGCUCUCAGAAGUUUUUGCUGUUCUUACCGACCUCAAAUGUAACGUGGUGGCUGCAGAAGUCUGGACCCACAAUUCACGAAUGGCAUCUGUGGUUUAUAUCACAGAUGAAGCUACUGGAUUGCCUAUUGAUAAUCCUGAGAGGCUCACUAAGAUCAAACAGCUUCUCCUAUAUGUUCUCAUGGGGGAUAGAGAUAAACGCAGUGCUAAUACGGCUGUUUCUGUGGGUUCCACUCAUAAAGAAAGGAGGUUGCACCAGAUGAUGUAUGCUGAUCGUGACUAUGAUAUGGAAGAUACAGAAUGUGGGACAUCAAAUGAACGGCGCAAACCGCUUGUAACGGUAGAAAAUUGUACAGAUAAAGGAUACACUGUUGUAAACUUGCGGUGUCCUGACCGCCCAAAGCUACUUUUUGAUACUGUCUGUACAUUAACAGAUAUGCAAUAUGUUGUCUAUCAUGCAACUAUCAUAGCUGAAGGUCCAGAGGCAUAUCAGGAAUAUUAUAUCAGGCAUAUGGAUGGGUCCCCUGUUAGUUCUGAAGCAGAGAGGCAAAGGGUUAUCAACUGCUUGGAGGCAGCUAUUAGAAGGAGAACUCCUGAGGGUAUAAGACUAGAACUUUGUAGUGAAGACAGGGUCGGCCUUUUGUCUGAGGUGACUCGCAUAUUUAGAGAAAAUGGUCUGUCAGUAACUCGAGCUGAGGUGACAACCAGGGGCUCGCAGGCUGUGAAUGUUUUCUAUGUGACCGAUGCAUCAGGAUAUUCAGUGAAGAGUGAAACAAUUGAAGCAGUGAGAAAAGAGAUUGGUCUAACCAUACUUUGCGUGAAGGACGAUGAACAAUCAAGUCCACCGCAGGAACGUGGGAAGUUCUCGUUGGGUAAUCUCUUUCGAUCUAGAUCAGAAAAGUUCCUCUAUAACUUGGGUUUAAUAAAGUCAUAUUCUUGAGCAGCUCAUCAGCUAAGCUAGGUUCUGUCGUUUGCAGUAAAUGCUGGUAUAGUUUAGCUUAGUCAUAGAACUUUUAGCUUCAGGUCAAUCUGUUGUUGAUCUUAGGUCCUUCCUGAAUCUUGCCACAAAUUUCAAACUUGUAAAUCUUCUUUGUGAAUAUCUUUUUAGCUACCUUAGUCUCAAAUGUCACUGUAAAUACAUACAUCAUUAUUAUAUUCAUGUGGGUUUAUUAA